GCUCUCGCCGGCCGUUACCGCAAAUCAACCCCCGCCCUCCAAAAAAAAUUAAAAAAAAAAUAAUAAACAGAAAAAUUCCCCAAAAUAAGAGGAAAAAAUAAGAAGAGAAAAUAUACAGGAGAAGAUCAGCGAUUCUUUUAUUUCUUUGAUUAAUCGUUUAUUUGAUUUUGAUAGUAUUUUGGAUUCUCCGGCGAUGGUGCGAACGAUGGAGAUGGUGGGGCCACCAGUGGUGACAGUGGCGCACAGCCUUACAGAUGCGAUGAGUUGGUGGGACCAAAUUAACGAAUCGCCUACUUGGCAAGACCGUACUUUCCAUGUUCUUGCUGCUCUUUACGGAAUCGUGGCCGUCGUUGCUCUUGUGCAAUUGGUUCGUAUUCAACUGAGAGUACCUGAGUAUGGUUGGACCACUCAGAAAGUCUUCCACUUCCUCAAUUUCUUCGUCAAUGGGGUUCGAUGCUUGGUUUUUGUUUUUCGUCGGGACGUUCAAAGUUUGCACCCAGAGAUUGUACAACAUAUUUUGCUUGAUAUGCCAAGUCUUCUGUUCUUUACAACCUAUGCACUUCUAGUACUGUUCUGGGCUGAAAUAUACUACCAGGCGCGUGCUGUAUCUACUGAUGGUUUGAGACCUAGUUUCUUCACCAUAAAUGGGGUGGUGUAUGUUGUUCAGAUCAUCUUGUGGCUUAUCAUAUGGUGGAAGCCUGUCCGAGUUCUGAUCAUCUUGUCUAAGAUGUUCUUUGCAGGCGUAUCUUUGUUUGCCGCUCUGGGGUUUCUUGUGUAUGGCGGAAGGCUCUUUUUAAUGUUGCAGCGGUUCCCUGUUGAAUCAAAGGGCAGGCGUAAAAAGUUACAGGAGGUUGGCUAUGUAACCACUAUAUGCUUUUCCUGUUUCCUCAUCAGAUGUAUCAUGAUGUGUUUUGAUGCAUUUGAUGAGGCUGCAGAUCUUGAUGUUUUGGAUCAUCCAAUUCUGAACUUCAUUUAUUACCUCUUAGUGGAAAUAGUGCCUUCUUCGCUUGUUCUUUUCAUUUUGAGGAAGUUACCCCCAAAACGUGGGAUUACACAGUAUCAUCCUAUCCGCUAACGGAAGAGACCUGAUAAACAGUUGAAACAAAUGGAUGAAAUCCGGUAGUGCAGUUGACUCGUGGUACUUUCUGGCUCAAAGAUGUGAAAGCAAAAGGGUUGCAAAAUGAUCAUGUGUAUGAAGUUUGGGAUGGUUAGUAAUUCUGAAAUACUGGCCUCUCUUCUUACUUAGCAGAUUGUAGAUCUGUUUUGAACUGGUAGCUACUGGGGCAAGUUAUAUAUGUUGUGAUUUGGCAGUGCAAUCAUCUUGCUGUUGUGCCUAUGGACGUGAUCACUACUUACUGUUUUUUUUUUUUUUCUUUCAUUAUUUUGGUGCAGCUUUAUGAAUGAUAAUUGUAAACAGCACUUAUAUUAUUGCUAGAAAUGAUUUGGCUCGAUAUCAAUUUUUCAAAAAAUGAA